AUGCCGAACUCCCCACGCUCAUCGCCCAAUGGGACUCGCCCCAGACUCAUGCCCCAAGUCACCGGUGGUCAGGACGGUGAAGUCGCUCUGACAUAUCAGGGAGGCCUUAUAUCCGCACGACCUAUGAAUGCUGUCACAGAGCAAGUAACUUUGAAUCACCCUCAGCCCGAUACGCGGGACAGACUUGCAAUAACUCAACCCGUGACAGGGGGGACCUUCGGGCCGCCCUCUCUGACUGCAUGGUCGGGUCUGGACCCCGGAUGCGCUCCGUUGGAUGAUAGCCUCCCGAUUGGCACCUCGAGCCAGAUUUGGCCUUCGAUGUUUUCCACGCCUGAUUGCGAUACCCAAGAGACACCGAUAUCCUGGAUAUAUGAUGGAAGCAGUGAGGUGGUGGAUCCGAAUUAUGCGCUUGGCGAUAUUUCGUGGUCUCUGCAGUCUCCGGCUACAACGUCAAACCACGUUAACUGGCCGAUCCCCUCCAAUGAUGAGCUUGUUGGCCAAACUGUAUUCAACGCCCAUAAAAGCCUCCCAAGAAGACGGAGUCGUUAUCGAUUUGUGCAUUCCGAGGAGCAGGCAAACCCAAUACCGAUUCCUGUAUCUACAAGCGUUGGGGAAUUGAGUCCUAUGCAACGAUGGAGGAAGUCUCCCCCGCAAGACGAACCAGCCUCGAUCACUGCCAUACAUGACGCGCUGAAGAAUAGUACCGCUCGCCUCGAAGUCAGUCGAGCACCGAAUGUGGCUGAUUAUGCGCGCACUGAAUCCAAAGCCAGCUUGGGCAGUGGCGAGAGCAGUUCAUCUAUACAGUCGGCAAACUCAGUGUGGUCAGCAGCAUCAGACACGUCAAGAGGUCGACAGAAAGAAUCAAGUUUACUUGAUCGCACCAGGCGGGGAAGAGUGUCUAAGAAACGCGCAACCGCCGCUUCUAAGAAAGACGAUCGCCCCUUCAAAUGCACAUUCUGCUGUGAUAGCUUCAAAACUAAAUAUGAUUGGGCUCGGCACGAGAAAUCGAGGCAUCUUAACCUGGAGUCGUGGAUUUGCGCACCGCGGGGAGGUUCGGUUAUGUCUACAGUGACUGGUAGACCUCAUUGUGCGUACUGCAGCGAGGUAGACCCGUCAGAAGAACAUCUUGAUGGUCACAACCAUAAAGCAUGUUACGAGCGACCGAUAGAAGCACGAUCAUUUGGCAGGAAAGACCAUCUUGUUCAACACCUCCGCGUUAUGCACAAACUAGACAUAAUGCCUCGAUUCGAUGGAUGGAAGGCCGAAGCUGUACGGAUCUCUUCUCGAUGCGGGUUCUGUGACAUGGAGUUCAUGACCUGGAACAAACGCGUUGACCAUCUCGCCAACCACUUUCGUCAUGGUGCAAUGAUGAAAGACUGGAAGGGAGAACACGGAUUCAGUCCAACAGUUGCGCAGCAGGUCGUGCAUGCCCUGCCUCCCUAUCUGAUAGGUUCAGAGUCGCUGAGUGUUGUCCCAUUCUCAGUCACAAAUCAGAGCACCAGAGACCAUUUUGCUCAGAUAUCGUCUCGCACACUUGAGUCACAACAAGAAAAUGGAAAGAAGACCGCUGCAAUAUAUACUGCGACGUCUUUACAGUCAGAAUCAAUCCUCAGCUCCAGAGCAGCAACGUCAAAAGCUUUCACAGAGAUCCUAGAGCAACAUUUGAGGCAUUUUGCAAAGGAGCACCUUUCUCAAGGGUUCGACAUCACAGACGAAAUGCUUAGACAAGAGUCGAGGCGUGUGAUUUAUGACUGCGACGACGAAUGGAAUCAGACUGUUGCAGACAAUCCCGAAUGGCUAGAAAAAUUCCGUCAGCGCCAUGGUAUUGGCUGUGGUGGUGGUGGUGACACUGCCGCCGAGGAAACCCUUGGAUCAUCACAAAGCACUUGA